AUGCGCCCGUCCAUGGCAUACAGUCGCGUCUCGUAUCUCCCGUCUUCCGUAUCAUCCGCGGCAGCGGUGGCCAAACUAGCAGAAAAGAAGAAGGAAUUCGAUGCUGUUUCUGCUCUGGAGCGAGCCAGUACCCAGUACUUGGAACGAAUAAUGGAGUUGGCUGAUGAUUGUGAAGUAAUGGCAGAUGCUGGCCAAGUACAUGGUCAGGUUCUUGCUCAAUGGCCGAAAAUGUUCGAGAUUUUGAGUCAAUUCCUGUCUGCAAGACAGCAGCUGCAGGAAGAAGGUGCAACAGAAACCUCUAUCAUGGGAGAGCGGCUCGUGAGACUACCCAUCGAAGAGUUAAAGGCGAAUUCUACAUCUUCAUGA